UGCCGAUUCCAGCCACAAUCCACCUGCGCGAGCGAGCUAGUGGACUUCUGAUGCUACGCGAGACUGGCGAAAGAAGAGUGAGCGUUAAACAUUACAAGUCGGGGGAAAAAGUUGUUUUUAUACCCACACCGGUUACUAAAUUGUGGCUUAAAAGCAGAGCAAUGGAUUUCAGUACGUCCUGCCUGUGUUUCAUCAAUGUUAUUCUCCUCGCAGGCUCUGCCUGUGGACUACAGAUCACCUCCACUAGCCCCACAUCCAUUGAAAAAGCCAGUGGAGAGACUGUGAAGCUGGACUGUCAGUUUACUCUCUCUGCUGAGGAUUCUGGGCCUCUGGACAUUGAGUGGAGCCUGCAGCCCUCUGACAACCAGAAAGAAGAGAAAGUGGUGAUUGUGUACUCAGGUGACAGGGCCUUUGAACACUAUUACGAACCUCUUAAAGGAAGAGUUCACUUCAACUCCCCUGACCCUAAAAACGGUGAUGCCUCCAUGAACAUCAUGGGUCUGAAAGCCACAGACACAGGCACUUAUCAGUGCAAGGUGAAGAAGGUUCCUGGUAUCAGCAGCAGGAAGUUCCUCCUGACCGUCAUGGUGCGCCCUUCUAAACCCAGAUGUUAUGCAGAGGGUCAGACUCAUGCGGGGAAAGAUAUGGUGUUGAGGUGUAGCUCUGUGGAGGGCACACAACCACUGCAGUACAUUUGGGAAAGAACCACAGGCAAUAAACUACUGCCACCCCUGGCAGUGCUGGAUCCAGUCGGGGGCACCAUGAGUCUGAGAAACGCGACUGAGGCAGCUUCAGGAACAUACAAAUGCAUUGCUAAAAACCGUGUUGGAACAGGAGAGUGUUUGGUGGAGGUCAAUAUCACACAACCCCCUAACAAUGCCGGCGUCAUCGCAGCUGUAGUAAUCUGCAUUCUGCUGUUUCUCAUUCUCCUCGCACUCCUCCUCUUCUGCUUCUGCCGUGCCCGCAACAAGAAGAAGUACGAGAAGGAGAUUGCCUAUGAGAUCAGAGAGGAUGUCCCUCCUCCAAAGAGUCGUGUUUCUACCGCACGCAGUUUCACCAGCGUGGGCAGCCAGCGCUCCUCUCUGGGCUCCAUGUCUCCCUCCAACCUGCACGAGUACACCAAGCCCCAGUAUGACAAGAUACCCUCUGAAGAGUAUGAGAAGCCCCCUAGUCAUGCCCCUAUUCCCCCACCCAGCAGAAUGGCCGGCCCCAACCUAAGCCGCAUGGGGGCCAUCGCUGUCAUGGUCCCUGCCCAGAACAGGGAUGGUUCCAUUGUGUAAAGCUGAACUGGGAUCAUUCUCCACACAUUUUGACUGUCACUAUUCUAUUCAUUGUUCUAGUGGAAUUUGUGAAGGAGCAAAUAAAGGUCUCUGCAGUGAGUCGAACUCGGCUUGUACCAUCUCUGAUAAUACAAUUUGACUUACAGAACUUCAACAAAUGUUAACAAAAACUUUAUUCAGUGGGAUGCGGAAAGGUGACUGAUUCGCCUGCUCCUGUUUUGUAAAUAAUGCAUGAUGUUUUUUCGUUUUUUUUCAUUUUAAAAAUAGAAGGCCCUAUAGAAUAUGACACUUGAAUUGUUUUCCUAUUAAGUGUUCUCCAGAGAUGAAAUGAAACCCAUUGAACUAAAUAAAAUGCAUGUAGUACAACCCAUAGCUCUUGGUUUUAGAUGAGAACUCCCAAGCUAUUUGUUAUUCUUUUUGCUUUUUUAUCAGUUUGAAACAUUUUUAGGCAACUUUAAACCAUUUAUCUAUGACAAUUAUUAUUUCUUUAUGCUACAAAAGCCGGGUAAAAAUUUAUUCAAAGGUCUGUGGAAAAUAUGUGGGUUGGUUUUGGUUUCUGGAUGAUAUUGUUUUUAAAAAAAGAUAACCGCGUUUGUUUGGAUUGAAAAUUUACAUGUGAUGUGUAUAUAUGAACAUGAGAUUGUUUUAUCUGAAAAUGAGCUAAUACUGGAACUCGUAACCUUCUUUGAAUUUUAUUUUAUUUUUUGGACCAUUUGGCAGUUGUAAACCCCCAUCGGUUCGUGUCAGAGUGAUUAGUGCUCAAGUCUCUGAUUGGUUGUUUGCUUAUAGAUUUUUAAAAGACUUUUGAAUGUUUAUGAAUAUUUUAUUGAUUAGGAUUAGUCUUAACACUCUCAAGUCACCGAAUCCACCACAGUGAGUGUCAUCAUUCUUGAGGAAACAGUCUUUCUUAUUGUUUGGGUUACUGUAUAUUUCAUCCCGCAGGGUCACCCUAACGUUCACACUGUGCCUUUUUUAACUUUGGGUGUAAUGAACUGGUGUCACUGGUGAGUCCAUGUCAGCAGUAAAUAACACGUGAAUGAUUACAAAACAAUCAUAAUUUAAAGUACAUUUUGAUUAAGGAUGAGUUGUAAUGCAAAAUUUAACAUUACAUGAUUUAUUGCCAGUUUCUGUGCAACAAACAUUCAAUAUAUUGAUAGAUGUAUAACAAACUGUUCCUUUUUUCUUCUUCUUAUAAAUGCUGGUUUUGGUCUCAUGGAAGGGUAUUGUGUAUGCUGACAACUAUAUGCUGUCUGUCUGUGUGUCUGUUGUACACAAAUAGCAGCCUUUUCAUGAUCUGCUUGUCUUUUGACCAGGGUUUCUGUUGAAUGUGUAAAUAUAUUUACUGUAAUGUUGGGUGCGAUUGAUUGCGUUUGUCUUUACGGCUGUUGGCGCUCAGGCUGCGAAUUUGAUGAAGGAAAAGAGGAUGAUCAGGCUAAUCAUCCACCAUCUGGAUAAGGUAUUAUUAACAUUUAUUAUACAUAUGUUGUCAUUACCCAAAAGCACAUGCACUUGUGAUUUCCCUGGCUUUUAUUUAUUAAGCUUGUAAGGUGCAGUUACAGGAUCAAUUCAGCUUGUUUAAACAUGGAGACUAAUGCCAGUGU